UGUUGUUUUAUUAACUUGCAUACUUGCUGUUCAGUGAGUUCCUCAGCCGCGGAACUGCAGCUUUAGUAGGUGUUUCAAUGGGGACAGUAAUCGUUGCCACACUUCGCCGAUGGUUUCGAGUCUCGCAUGAAUGGAAAGAUAUUAGCUGUAGAAGCCUUGAUUUAGGAAUGGAAACUGGAUGCAGAGGUUUCCGAAUUAGGUCGUAUCUGUCGAUUUAACGUGGGGACACUUCUCACUUCAUUCAACUUUAAAGUGUUUCUGUUUGUUUGUGUGUAGAGCGGGAGCUAAGUAGCUGCUAGCCUGAAGCUACCAGUCAGGCUAGGUAACGUUAACAUUAGCGUUAGCCUGCCGAGCUAGUCAGCCCUGCUCAAACAACAUAGACCAACAAUAGAGCAAACAUGGUUGAAACUAUACUUGACCUCCCGGUCGAAAAGCAGAUAUUUUAUGCUGUGUUGGGAUUUUCGUGGACAGUGUAUCUAUGGGAAGCAUACCUUUCUUACAGACAGAGGAGGAUAUACAGAUCAACAACACAUGUGCCCCUUGAGCUAGGGAAGAUCAUGGAUUCUGAAACAUUUGAAAAGUCACGUCUUUAUCAGCUGGAUAAAAGCAACUUCAGCUUUUGGUCUGGACUCUACUCUGAGACUGAGGGGACGUUGAUCCUGCUCCUUGGUGGAAUCCCAUUUCUUUGGGGCGUCGCUGGUUCUGUGACAACUCGCUUUGGAUUCGGUUCAGAGUAUGAGAUCACCCAGUCCCUCGUGUUUCUGACGCUUGCCACUCUGUUCAGUGCCUUAACUGGACUUCCCUGGAGUUUGUACAAUACGUUUGUCAUUGAGGAGAAGCACGGCUUCAAUCAGCAGACGUUGGGGUUCUUCCUCAAGGAUGCUGUAAAGAAGUUUGUUGUGACCCAGUGUAUCCUGCUGCCUGUGACCUCGCUGCUCCUGUACAUCAUCAAGAUCGGUGGAGACUACUUUUUCAUCUAUGCCUGGCUCUUUACCCUGGCUGUGUCUCUGGUACUUGUUACCAUCUAUGCUGAUUACAUUGCUCCCCUGUUUGACAAGUUCACUCCGUUGCCAGAUGGAGAAUUAAAGACAGACAUUGAGGCUAUGGCCAAGAGUAUAAGCUUCCCCCUCACAAAAGUCUAUGUUGUCGAAGGUUCCAAGCGUUCAUCGCACAGCAAUGCAUACUUCUAUGGGUUCUUCAAGAACAAACGCAUUGUGCUGUUUGACACUCUGCUGGAAGACUACUCGCCUCUCAACAAAACUGGAGAGCCACAGCCCGAGCAGCCAGAGACUGAUGAGACCCCUUGUGAAGCAAAGGCCAAGCCCAAGAACAAGAAACAAGGCUGCAACAACCCAGAGAUCCUUGCAGUCCUCGGUCAUGAGCUCGGCCACUGGAAGCUUGGCCAUACUGUAAAGAAUAUUGUAAUCAGUCAGAUGAAUUCCUUCCUGUGCUUCUCCCUAUUUGCUGUUCUAAUUGGACGUAAGGAGCUGUUUGUAGCUUUUGGCUUCAAUGACAGCCAACCCACAUUAAUAGGCUUGAUGAUUAUCUUCCAGUUCAUCUUCUCCCCGUACAAUGAGCUCCUGUCCUUCUGUCUGACAGUUCUGAGUCGCAGGUUUGAGUUCCAGGCAGAUGCCUUUGCACGCAGCAUGGGCAAAGCCGCCGAGCUCUACUCUGCCCUCAUCAAGCUCAACAAGGACAACCUGGGCUUCCCCGUGGCUGACUGGUUGUUCUCCAUGUGGCACUAUUCCCACCCUCCCCUCCUGGAGCGCCUCAGAGCACUGGGCAACGUCAAGCAGGACUGAUGGGGCUGGGAGGGGGAGCGGCGACCGCUGCCUCCUCCGAAGGGCCUCCGCAGACCGCUACUGGCCCUGUGAUGCACCCUGGUCUUUCUUUGCCGAUCUUCAUCCCCCCAUCUUGUUUUAUCUUGUUUUGGUCUGUUCUUCACUGUCCAUUUUUUCCAUUUUGUUCCCUUUGAAACUUUGUUUUAAACAAAACCAAAACAUAUCAGCACAAGGCAGCCUAAAAAAAAUCAUAAGCCUGUACUGAAGUCUCUGCUCUUUCACUAGAGACCUAAUAAGCACUUGCUGAGAUCAAUACAUCUGGGCAAUGUGUGUUUUAAAAAAGCUGUUGUCAGAGCACAGGUCACAUUUUGCAGAUAGUUUAGUUUUUGAAAUAAUAAAUAUAACUUUGUCAUUUUUUUAAUCUAAAAAGGAAGAGUAAGAAAGACAAUUUGUCAUGUACAAAACCUGGAAUUUUACUUUCACACCCAUGUGUUCCUGUUGUGAUGUGGACAUUGCAUCUGACUGUUAAGAGCAUAAGCCUAAAGAGACAGUUAAUCCUACAGUAUACUGCGAGUUGUAUUUGUUGUGAAUUUAAAAAACGGAAAACAAAUACAGACAUGGUAGGUGGGCAGAUAGAUGACAUCUUGCAAAAUUCAUGACAAUACUUUUUGCAGCUACACAGGCCAGAAUUUGAUUUGUCCCUCAAGUGCAACUCUAGCCUUCUUUUCUUUUUUUUUCUUUUUUCCCCUUAUAAACGCAACAUCUCCGGGCAGGCUCAAGAGAAUACAUUUUAAUCCAGUUAUCAAAUCAAAUCCCCAGUUUUGCAAAAGGAACUACAGUAUAGAUGCUUUAUCACAGUGAAAAAAUAUGAGUGCCUCUAAUUAUAGCUGUUAAUGGAAAUAUAAUGGAAAUGUUAUGAACAGAGCAGUGCAGAAAAUUUAAUUUUGAAUUUGGAUUAGACUUGUGAUUUUCAUUAUUUACAUUCAUUGGGGGGUGUCUUGUUUUACUUUUUCUAAAGCACUUGCUCGCCAACAAGGGUGCAACCAUUCCUGUACAUAUGUAACUUUGAUGAGUAGAGUAUUGACUUGUGAAGUAAAUUGUGAAAAAUGUUAAAUGUGGAUUGAAAUUUUAAGUUGAUAUGGUGUUUUUUUUAGUUUCUUCUCUUGGAUUAUGGGCCAGAGUGAGUGAGCGCAGAGUUGCCUGGCAAGCAAAGUAUUUAUAGGGGGACUUUGGGGAAGGGGGUCUGCGAGGGUCCUUUCACCAAUAAGCCAGUGCUUGGUUUGUUCAAAGAGGGGACUGUAUACUUCCUUUGCAGCGUUGAAUAAAAUCCUUCAAAGCAUUUCACUUAUUCUGGACGCUUGUGUUGUUGUUUUUUUUAAAUAGUUCUGAAAA